GCAUGGCUUCCAUCAUAUUCUAGUAAGAGAAGAAGAUCGGUCGGAGACAGCCUAUGUGUUCUUUGAGGGCACGUGGCAGUGGGUUCGGUGUCCAAUGGGGAUUUGCAAUGCGCCUGCCACGUUUCAGCUAGCGAUGAACAUGACGUUCCAGAACUUUGUCAGCAAGAUACGGCUGAUGCAAAAAAUGAUUAACUUCUGCGUGAUCGUGUACAUGGACGACAUCCUGGUCUAUUCGGAAACCUAUCACGGGCAUGCGCAACACAUCGAAUGGACAUUGGGUGCAUUGAGAGACGCUGGGUUCAAGAUUGUGCUUGAGAAGAGCGAAUUUUUCCUCUCGGAAAUUUCGUUCUUGGGUUAUGUCGUGACACGUGGAGGAUUGCGGCCAGAUUCGAGAAAAGUUGCGGCAGUGAAGGAAGCUCCGGUUCCCACGUCACUGAUGCAGGUUCGAGCCUUCUUGGGACUGGCAUCGUAUUACCGGUGCUUCAUCAAGGGCUUUGCCGCGAUUGCACGACCACUAACGAACCUAUUACGGAAGGACCAGCCUCUCAGCUGGGACGCGGAGUGCCAACAGGCCUUUGCAACCCUCAAGGACGCUCUGGCAACGGCCCCUAUUUUGAUUCGACCGGACCCCUCGAAGCAGUUCAUUCUCAUCACGGACUGGCAGCCGAAAGCUAUUUCCGCUAUUCUAGUGCAUAAGGGAAACGAUGGUCGCGAACACGUCAUCGAAUACGCAUCACGAACCGUAUUGGACGAACGAAGAAACGACUCCGCACCUCAGGAGUUCCGAUUCACGAGCAAUCCCCAGGUAGUGGUGCUGGCCGAGGCAACGGCGUUCCAACGACGAGCGGCCCCGGGAAUCAGCCAGGUGUCUACCGUGGUAGUCUUUAGCUGCGACAUCACCGCCUUCGAUCCGGCGCGGCAAGCCACCAUCAAAAGUACCUUGUACCGGUGGGGUCGAGAUCUGGCCACUGAUUGGGAUCGACGGUUCACAAGGCACGGUGACGAGUGCUAUCCUGUCGAUGACAUCGAAGUCAACACGCUGUGCACGAUGCUAUGCAAGCCACCUGUCGUCCUCCCAGAACUUGCUCCCUUCCAGGCCGCGCAGAUGAGCCGCGCGCCGAUCUCGACGUUCUCUCCUCCCUCUCUCUUCCCCAUCUUCUGGCAGUCCUCUCACUACCCUCGUCUCUCCUUCCGUCUGGAGCCACUGACAGUACCCCUCGUUGAUCCGGACCGUUGGAGGCUGUGGCGUGCAAAAUUUGUGGAGCUCUCGUUUUGCCCACUACGAGUGGAUCUGAAUUGGACGUGGGAAGGUGAUCAGAGGCCCGCAUCAGAGAUUGUGGAGUUGCUCGUCAUUCAGGCAUGGAGGACCAACGUGGCGGGAGAUCUUCUAGGAUUCGUCUUUGGAGCAGUGGAUCGGGGAAACCGAUCACAGAUCGUGCGCGAACUUACGAUCGUGAUCGCGCGAUUGGCCGACGAACUCCCUCUCGACAUCGUCUCUCAGAGCGACGAAGAACCCGUGCCACAUACCCUCUCAAGGACUCUCGCCCUGAGCCUCUUAUGGUCGGCUUGUAUCGAGGAGCGCUGGGCGGACGACCGUUUUCCCUCCCAUAGCGAGUACCUGGACGUCCACAGCCUGACUAAUCCCCGCUUCUUUCGGCAACCAACGGCGUUCGAGUGGGCGGCGCUGAGAGCAGAAGAGGAGGCCGAAGAGGAAUCAGAAGGAGAAUUGAGGAGAGAGGCCGGGGAAGCAGCAGCCCGAUUGGCCGAGGACAAAGAAGAAGAGCGCGAAGCAGAAGAAGAGUCGGUGGAAGCUGGAGAAGAAGAAGAAGAAGCAAAGGAGGAGACUUCGGAGGAAGAGGAAGAGGCCUAUAGCGAGUACACAGAGGGCAAGCAAAGUGAGGAGGAGGACGAAGACGACGAAGAAGUGGAAAGCGAGGGCGACGAGGAGCCAACGCACGACGAGCUCGAGCGAGUGUCAGGACCGGAUCGACGAGAAGAGAACCCAGAGGCUGCUGCGCAGCGCAAGAAAAAGAUCGCAGAAGGGAAGCGGCUGGCGAUCGAUCCCGCACCGAACGAUCCUUUCAAGGAUCCCGAGCCGCCCAAGCUGGAACAUAGAGACCUUGCUGCCACGACGACAAGGCGCCGAUCCCGAUCCCGAUCCAUGUCCCCCUCCGCCUCCGCCCGUCCCCCAAUUCGUCAACGUGUCAAUGAGGGGCUUAGCCCUUCGUCCCCGAUCCAUAUACCACCAUCCCCUUAGCUAUUUCUCCUUCAAUCAGUUUUUCCAUCGCGCCGUCUACCCUCGUAAUCCCUUCCCCACCGCCAUCUUCCGACAUUUCUACUCCGCCCGCCUAUAACUGAC